AUGUUUGUCCCAAAUUUCGACGCCCACAGUUUGAAAAUGCAUUUUUCUAAGAGUAAGAAUCGGAGGGACGUGGAGGGUCCGUGGAGCCCGGGGGUYCAGGCCAUGCCACCCUCCCAUGGUCCCCUAGCGAGUCAGGCACCCGCUCAUAACCUGCCCCCCAACGCCAGAUCGGCACGGCCCCUGUCCCAGUCCCAGCUGCCAUCGUGGGAUCGAGCGCCAGUGAUCUCGCCCGCCGACAUGCGGAUGGACGUGUUCACCGCUCGGCCGUCGCGCUCCCAAAGCUUCAGAGACCCCUCUCUGAAAGACCCCACCCUGUGUGGGAUAGAGAGACAGCGGCCAGGCUCCCUGUCCUCAGCGCUGGGGGCUCAGAGUCACGCCCCCUCCUUCCCCGCCCUCCCACGACCAUCAGCCAGUAGCUCUUUCAAAAACCACUUCACUUUGGGUCGCACAGUAUCGGCCUCGGGGGCCACGGGGCCCUUCAGGGCCUUCCCCAAGUCUCUCAGCGUGGACUUUGGAGGUCUGAGCCACCCUCAGCAACAGCCUCUGCCCCAGUCGCUGUCCCAACCACAGCAGCAGCCUGCCAGUGUCAGCCAGACGACUCCACCGGUCGGCAGCUCCAGCGGCCAGGACAGAUACGCUGCCGUGUCCCAGCUGGACAUCGUCUUCUCUGAUCCGACACCGACCACAGCGCCACCUGCUGGCCCCCCACAGUACAGCACCAUCUUCGGCAGCAGACUCUCUUCCAGCUCCACUCCUGCCAGUUCCCCCGGUGUCGAUGCAGUCUCCAGCUCCCAAACUUUUGCAAAUUUCCCCAACCCAUUCAGCUCCAGCUCCGGCUCCGGCUCCGCUUCCCAGCAGCCUGUUGCCCUCUCCCCCAGUAACCCCUUCAGCAACGCCUCAGGAGGGGACUCCAGCCCGUUUGUCACCUCGCCCACCUCCGUGUUCCCUCCCUCCGCCUCCUUUCCAACGCCCACCACCCAGAAUGCAUUUCCUCACGAGUCAGCCAGCAACCAGGAAGCCAAUGGUUUUGCCUCCUUCCCUGCGUCCGACUCUCAGCCCAAAGUCGCCCGGCCGAUGUCGGUGAACCCGUUUACUGGGAAUGUUUAUCCAAGUCGAGGGACGUCGCGGAACCCUUUCAUCUGAUCCUCCCCACCAGCAUCCCCACUGCCUCCUCUUACUUCACCCCACCCAUCCCAUCCCAUCUCUGGGAACCGAGGGAGAAGUGAACUUGAGGAGUCGCUGCCAUUUCAAUGCCUCUGGAGUAUUUUCAUCCUCGGGAGGGAGGGGGCGACGUCCCCGCAGGACCCUCCCCUGUGCCCUCCUUCCUCUCCGCCCUCUCUCCGUCUGUGUUUACGUGUUUGUAGAGGAAAAAAAAACAAAACAAUGUGUGAAUGUAAUUAAGAAAUCCAUGUGUGUACGAGAGUGUUGGCUUGCUGUGUUUGUACAAGACAAAUGUCCGAAGGUGUUUGUGUGCCAGUAUAGACGCCACCUCAGGGCUCUGUGGGAGUCACGGGGAAAUGACGCCUCUAUGAUUUUUGCAGAAACACACACUUACACACACACAUGCAAACAUAUACAGUAUAUAUAUUAUACACAUGUUGCUGCUGCUGCUACUUUGCUUUCAUCUCCUGCUAAAAAGUGCAAAAAAAUCCCUCCAGCCCAUGAACACGCCACCGCUGUCUUCUGCUUUGAAGAGUCUCCGAGGUCUCCGAAGGAAAAGCCAGUUGAGAAUGGGACCCUGCAUCAUGAGUUCUCUACGGAUGGUUCUAACAGCCUUAACCUGAUGCAUGUGAGUUAGCGUCCAUAAGAUAUGACAAGCCUUUCUAUGUAAAGGGUGCGUGGAAGACGUCUGCAUACGUCACUGAUUUUUCUUUUUUUUUUUUUUUUCUGUCCAUCGAAGGAGAAUUUAUGUUUUCCACUCUCAGGCUGCAUGCGCUUUGAGGGCUAAAAGGAGAUGCUACUGAAUGUAAAAGCAAUUUCAGAAUAACUUACAUUAAUGUGCACGUUAACGUCAUCGCUUCAUUUACCGGACCAAAAUGUUCAGUUGCUGUUUUGUUUUUUUUGUCUUCGGUUGACAUAGAAGUUUAUUUCUCUUGUUUUGCCAAGAAAAAAAAAAAGAAAAGAAAGGAGAUGUGUGUUACAACGUCUUUGUAAUGACAAGUAUUCAUGUUCAUAAAAUUACGUCUGUUGCU